AUGUCAGAUGCUGUAUAUUAACAUUAACCUUUCAUAACAUAAACUCAUGUACAGACGAAUAAUUAGAUAAAGAAGGACAAACCUAUUAUCACGUAAAUAAUUCGACAGCCUUCUAUACCUUAAAUUAGAAUCUCGAAAAAUAAUAGAUCUACAAAAUAUUAACCAACUCCAAAUAAAUUAAGCUAUUAAAAAUAGGUUAAUUUAUCAUAGUUACAAAGAGAUUAUACAUCCAUCGAAUCAACUAUUUUAUUUAGUAGUUAAAUUUGUUUAAAUGAAUUUACAUUAUAGAGUUAAUUCAUAACACCUACUAUUUUCAUGAAUCAAUCUUUUAUUAUUUAAGAAGAAUUAAAUUUUGAAUAGUAACAAUAAGAAAUUGAUGAUACAAUUAUAUAGCCAACAGAAACUAAACUAAAUGAAUUAACAAACGAAGAGUUUUAAAUUCAUACUAAUAAUAUAUUAAAAAGUGAUGAAGAUCAUAAUAUCAAUUCAUUAAAUUUAAAAACUAAAAGCUAAAUGUUUGGAGAUUUGGCUGUGUUAAAUUUUAUUAGAAAAAAAGCAGAAAGAAACAAAAUAAAUCAAUCUUUACAAAAUAUGUUAAAAUUAAAUAAAUUUAAAAAUGAUCAUUAAAGUUCUAUGCCUACUAAUUUUCCAUCAAUUGGAAUAAUAUCUCUUCAAAUUUAAUAUCAAGAAUAAUUUAAUAUUGCUGUACCUACAAAUUCUGUUAAACUAAUUUAAAUUGAAAAAGAUAACUUUGACGAAUAAACUGCAAACAAACUUUAUUUUCCUAUUAAUAUAUUAAAUUUAUCAAAUGAAACUUAGAAUUUAAGGGACAAACCAAUAAGUUCAAAACAGACAAAUUUUAGGAUACCUUUGAAAUAGGAAUCUAAAGAACAUACUAAACAGAGUUUAUCAUUUAAAACAAAAUCUUUUUAUGAUAUAUAGGAAAAUUUCACACACAGUUUUCCCAGUGAAUCUUUGUAAUUUUAAUUAAUAAAAUUUGAUACCAAUUGUAAAGAAUCUAAUUGUAUAAAAAUAAAUUAAUCAACGGUUUAAAAUAAUGAAAAAAUAAUUGUGGAGGCAAUGAAAUUUAAUAAUAAAUUUUAGCUCUAUUCUCUAAAUCAAGAUGAAAUUGACAAGAACUAAACUAAGAUUUAGUUAUCAAAGUCAAUAAUAUAAGAAUAAAAUAUGAUUGUUUAAUUUUUAGAAUAGAAAAAAAUUCCAAUAUAAAAUUUAAGAAGAUAUAGUUUAAUUCGUGAUUUUGUUAAAGAUUCUACUAAAUAACUUCGAAUUUCAUUUAAUUAAUUAAUGAUCAAUAGUGAAUAAGAUUCACUUCUAAGUUAAAUUCCAUUAAUUACUUAAAAUAAAAUAAAUUUAAGAUCUCUUUUAUAGGAUAGUUGUAGCGAUGUGAGUAAGAUCAUGUCAGAGAUGAUACCAACUAGUUUUGAAAACGAAGUGGAGGUUUAAUUUAAUGAUUAAAUAUAAAUAAAAGAGAAGCCUUAAUAUCCUACUUUAUUGGAGAUGAAUAGGAUAAAAAUAGAAAGGAUUAAGCAAAUAAUAACUGGAGCAAAAUCUCCAAAAGAUUUAAAAAAGAAUAAUUUAGAGGUAAAGGAAGAAAUAGGAUAAGUUUAUGGUUUUUUCAAAGUAAAUGCAAUUUCAGAUGGUUCCCCAAAAUUUAAUCAUAAUAAUGUAAAUGGAAUAAAGCUAUUUCAUGAUAUUAAUAAAAAUAAUGGAUAAAUCUUUGAGAAAUAGAGAAGUUGCAGUAUAGAUAAAGCUACAAUGCAUAUGUAAAUGAGCAAAAAUUAAUCAUCAGUAUUGAAUAGAUUUAAGAAAAUAAAAUACUUAGGAAGAGGUAAGAUGAGUGAUGUCUAUUCUGUAAUAGAUUAGAAAACUGGUAUGGCUUUAGCUUUAAAAAUAAUUUAAAAAUCAUUAAUAAAAAGUAAAGGAUUAGCUAAUUUGGUUAGUAAUGAGAUAAAGAUUCAAAUGUGUUUGGUUCAUUCAAACAUCUUAAAAUGUUUUGGAGUUGUUGAUGAUAUAAAAUAAGUAAUAAAUUUUUUUAUUUUAUAGAUAGCUUUAAUACUGGAAUUAAGUGAUUAGACAUUAUAUAGUUUAAUAAGAAGAUAGAAAUUAUCUAGAAGAUAAAUGAUCAAUAUUCUAUUUUAGGUUUUGAAUGCAGUUAAUUAUUUGCAUAGUUGUGACAUUAUUCAUCGUGAUAUAAAAGCUGAGAAUAUUUUAUUAUGUCAAGAUGUUAUUAAAUUAGCUGAUUUAGGUAUAUCGAUAAGAGCAAGAGAUAGUUCUUAAUAUUGUGGUACAAUAGGAUAUAUGGCUCCAGAGAUAAAACAAUAUAAAAAUUAUACAUCUAAAGUUGAUUGUUAUAGUAUAGGGAUUUUGAUUUUCGAAAUGAUGUAUUAAAAGCUUCCAACUUAAACUCUUUGUCAAAUAAAGAAUAUUGAAAAGGAUCUUCUAAUAGAUUUGAUGAAUAAUCUGAUAGAACCUGAUUAAGAAAACAGAUUCUCAUGUUAAGAAGCUUUAAAUCAUGAAAUAUUUAAAGAUUUUAAGUAAAAUCAAUUCGCAAAACUUGAACUCAAAAAAGAAAUAAUAAGAAUACUCUGAUAUACAAUAAAAAAUAUAAAGUUUUCUGACUUUAACUU